AAGUAUUUAAUAACAGAAGAGCAUUUACUCUUGUGAAUUAAUACUGUAACUCCACUGAGUUUUCAAGAGGGGGAAUGAUGAAUUUGUGAUAGCUAUUUUAAAAUAAUCUGUAUUGCAGUAUUCCUAGAUUUGUCAUUUGAAGUAGGACUCAUGUAAUAGUCUUUGGCUGGCGUUUGUUGAAUUCACCAGUGUUGCACUUGUGUGCUUUUAAAAAGCUAAGAUUUUCCUUACAGAGGAAGCUUAAGACUGUAGGUAGCUCUUCAAUAGGAGCUGUCUUCCUAAAUAUGUAUGCUUCUGGUUUUGGUUUGGGUGGGUUAUUUGUUUGUUUGUUUGACUGAUUGUUGGGAGCUUUUUGUAAUUGUUGCUGUUUUUUUCCCCAAAUGAAUAAGAGUAGAAAAUUAUGCUGGGCCUCAUAAUUUUCUGGGUCUCAUAAUUUAAUGAGCACAACUGACUGAACUGAUAAGAAAUUAUUUUCAUUCCAUCUUGGCCUAGUAAAAGCUUAACAUUGUUCUUCAGGAGAACCUGAAGUCAUUUUGGGAGAUAGGUCUGGUAGGAAGUCCACCACUUCAAAUUCUUAAAGCAUGGAAGAAGUGGACGUGACUUCUCCCAGUAAGCAUCCUGAGAGACUUUCAAGGGGACAAAGAGAACAGUUCCAUGCUGGCUGAGCCUCUGUUUGGAUGGGGAUGGUCCUGAUCAGUGACAUUGUCCUUCUGUCUGUUGCAUUUCUAAAGCUUCGAAAUCAGUAUGUGAUAGGAUGCAGGGGUUUAGGAAGGGAGACCUGCAGGUUGCUGCAGAUAGCAUAACUCCUCAUACUACAGGAAAAACAGAAUAUUAAUUGUGAAGUAUAGAACACAGCCCUUACCCAGAUGACUUCAAAGGAGGAGUCAUCAUCCAAGAAGGGAUAUGUAUGUAGCCAUAAGUGUUUGUCAGUCCUUUCAGUAGAAUUUUCAAGACUGGCUUAUUAAAUAAGUAGCAAUGUCAUGAAACGUAGAGGUUACCUGAUGUCAGUGUGUGAACUAGUUCUUUUCAAGAGCUUUGCAGCAGUUGUAAAGUUGCCUUAUCACAAUCCUGUAAUUAUGCCUUCCUUGGAUUCUUCUAGAUAUAAUUACAUAUCUUGAAUACAUGUAUGCAUUUUUAUUUCCUAAUAAAUCCUCCAGAAUUGACCCCGCCUUUUUCUGCCAUCUCCACAUAGCAUUUGGUUUUAUGAUGUGCUACCUCUAGUAGUGGAUUAUGAGAGGGAGUAGAUAAAAGGCUUCAGGUGAUACCUAUUGAAGUAACAGAAAGCCAGCUCCCAAGAUGAAGGACUGAAUACCACACCCAGAGCAUCAAGCUUGUUGCAGCUGUCUCUUUGAUCAUAGAAAACAUAGUAUCUUGUCUCAGUGGAUUAGCAGAGCCACCAUUCUAACGCGAUUGCCGCUCUUGGUUUCAGAUUGAUGUGUGAAGAAAGGAAAGCUGCUAGAACUAUGAGGGGAGAAAAGGUGUGGAUAGGCUUGUCAAUUUUUCCUUUGGAGCUCAUUCUAAAAAUAGCUGUACAGAAUACUACAUGGAGCUCAACUAUAAAGAAAAUAACAUAUUUUAUUAAUGCUUCAUGCACUGAAGUGAUCUAAACACUGAUAUUAUUAAUGAUAAAUGUUUGAUCAUUUGAUGAAGGGCUGUAGCACAGAACACUAUAAUGCUCCAUGUUCGUUCAGAGUCUUACCACUCCUUGGUUUUACUCGACUCUUACAUGUCUGCUCUGCACUGUAUUUAUGCUGAAAUGAUUCUUUCCUUGAACAAAUUUAAAACAAAGAGGUGACAUUCUCAGGUCUACUUCAGAUUAUUCCUAUAUAUAAUGUUUUGCAGCAACUGGAAACGGUAGUUCGAGAUGUUUGAGUAUCAUCCAGAAAGCUACAGACCAGAAGGAAGAUUCUGUGGCUCAUCAGUCUUUUGACAGAGGAUUCACUGACGGUGGUUCCCUUAGAUCAAGACCUUCUGUUUAGGUUGUGAGAAUGCAAGAGUGUUGGUCUCCCUUCACUUUCUGAGUCUGCAGAUUCCUACUUGCCUGCUGUAGGAACUUUUUAGUUUGCAGAGAAGCUGAAACGCUGUUGUGUACCACUGAGCAGGACAAGUUAGGAAUGAGCAAGCCUUGGGAAGGAGGACCUGCCAUCCUAGCUGGAGACAUCUGAAGAGAGAACAUUUCAGUCUUGUGGCAUGCUUCAGUAGAAAUUAUUCAGAAAAAGAUGGCUGGCUGUGGUGAAAUAGAUCAUUCGAUCAACAUGCUUCCCACAAAUAGAAAGACAAACGAGUCAUGUACCAGUGCAGCACCUUCCCUGCAAGUCCCUGAAUGUGCUAUCUGUCUGCAAACGUGUGUCCAUCCAGUAAGUCUGCCCUGUAAACAUGUUUUCUGCUAUCUGUGUGUAAAGGGAGCUUCUUGGCUUGGGAAACGAUGUGCACUCUGCCGGCAGGAGAUUCCCGAGGAUUUUCUUGACAAGCCAACCUUACUGUCACCUGAAGAACUCAAAGCAGCAAGCAGAGGCAAUGGAGAAUAUGCUUGGUACUAUGAAGGUAGAAAUGGCUGGUGGCAGUAUGAUGAACGUACCAGCAGAGAGCUGGAAGAUGCCUUUUCCAAGGGUAAAAAGAGCACUGAAAUGCUAAUUGCUGGUUUUUUAUACGUAGCAGACCUUGAAAAUAUGGUUCAGUAUAGGAGAAAUGAGCAUGGACGUCGCAGAAAAAUAAAACGGGACAUAAUAGAUAUACCAAAGAAGGGAGUGGCUGGGCUGAGGCUGGACUGUGACACCAACACUGUCAACCUGGCACGAGAAAGCUCUGCUGAUGGUGCAGACAGCACACUGACUCCAGGGGCUGCAGCUGUGCAGCCUCUAGCAUCCAUUUCUGUGAGGCCCCUACCAGCACUAGAUGGUCAGCUUGUGAGCCCUUCAACGCCAUCACCUGAUGCAAGCAAUUCUCUAGAGAACUCUUUUGCCCACUUGCAAAUAAAUGGAGACAGUAUGGCUGAAAGGAGUCACAGGGGAGAGGGAGAAGAAGACCAUGAAUCUUCAUCUUCUGGUAGGGUGCCAGCUCCUGACACCUCUGUUGAGGAGACCGAAUCAGAUGCCAGCAGCGACAGUGAGGAUGUGUCUGCCCACCUUCAGCAACGCCCGUCCCCUGGUCAGCAGAGACACUUGAAUGCUGGUGCAAGCCAGGCAGGAGCAGAUAGACCAGGGACAGGGGGUGGGGUGGCAAACACAAGUGUAAGAUCUAGAAGGCCAGAUGGACAGUGCACAGUCACUGAAGUUUAAAUCUAGAGCCAUGCGAAAAAAAAACCAUUCAGUUGUAAUUUUCUGUAAAUUUUCUGUCCAAAUUGGCAUUGCACUCAAACCUAGCAGUGUAUUUGGUGGGAGGGUGGGGUGAGGGGGAGAAAACAGAUUUGGCCUGUUUUAACUUAAGUCUCUUAACAUGUCUCAGCUGGAAGACUUUCUAACUCUAGGAAGCUGGGUUGUCCUGUUAAUGGUUUGAAAGCUGUUUAACAAUGCCCAGUUUUCUUGAAAAUGUCUUGUGUUUAUUUUGUAGCAUUUUCCCCUUGAAGAUACUCUACCCCUUUUUGGCCAAUGUAUAUCUACUGUACAACUUGAAUUGUCUUCAUUAUCUGAUUGUUGCAUUGUCUUACUACUUUCUGCAUGGAUUGAUGUACGAAAAGAACACUAAAGCUGUGUGAAAUCAGUCAAGGUGUUGGGUGUGAGCAGGAUGCUUAAUUUAAUGUGAGAAAAUAGAUGUGAGUUUGGAGUUAAAAUGUGUUUUUACUAGGCAAGAGCAGUCAUUUACCUUCUUUCAAUGGAAAUGUAAAAAUGCUGUUAACUUGUGUUGCAAAUCCUUACCUUUACACUCUCCAUGGCUUUUUCACUGGCUUUGCCAUCUAGUCCUUCUAGUUUUGUUUUUUGAGAUCUUUCUUGAUCUGUCUUGUUUUUGUUACAGAAUUUAUAAUUUAAUAAAACUACAUUUUAUCAGUAACAAUCUCA